UGUUUGAAUACAUUUAAUACAAAAACUUGAUUUAAUUAAUGUCUUUGAACGUGUAGGCCGCACAGCAUGGAGGGAUGCUGCCUUCCGCUGUGGACUUGUUCAUGGACACACACAUGAGGGAUGAGUCUGGAAAGAAGGUGCCGAUCAACGACAAAGUCCAAAAAAUCAAGGAAAGUUAUGACAAAACUCUUGCUCAAUGUGAAGAAAGAGGUGAAACCAAGGCCCCGAACCAGAUUUUCUUUGAGACUGUUGGUGGCAGAAAGAAAGGGUGGGUUCCUGGUUUGGGGACGAGUGCAGACCUCUAUUUUGAGAGGUCUUCGAGGGGAGGAGGUAGUUCGUCCUCCAGUUGCAAUCCUUCCAUGUUUUCUCAGUUGUCUGCGAAGUUCGAGGAAGAGAGAGCCGAGAUGCAAAGAGAACGUGAGCGGAUGCAGAAGGUGAUAGAAGAGGAACGCAUCGCCAGGCAAAAGGAGAGAGAGGAGGAUCGCAGGGUGUAUGAUGAGUACCUGGCGCAGAUGAGGGCGACUAUGGAGACAUACAGCCAGAUGAUGAGCCAGUGUGGUGGUUCAUUCCCCUCUCCGGGCCUCGAGACCCCCCACCGGCGGUGGUGA